CAGCAUUACAGGAUGAGACAGAGUGGAAAGCUGGAUUCCAUCUUGGCGUGCCUCACCAGUCAUCACCUCUGUGGACUGUGCUGACUUUGAGCUUUUGACCUAAGCACUCGGGUGUCUAGAAGAAGCACCCCCGAGCAACCGAGUGGAGGGGCAGUUUGCAGAGGCCCUUUCUCCACGCUCUUAAAGGAGCAGUUUGAUAUGUUCCUUCCAGAUGUUACCACCUGCAUAACUGAUUUGCUACAACUUGAGUCAUUAAAGGCGCAUGUCUUUGGAUUGCACUGCAGGAUCCACCAUGGGCCGACUGGAAGGGAAAGUUAUCGUCCUGACAGCUGCCGCUCAAGGAAUUGGCCGGGCGUCUGCAUUAGCUUUUGCAAGAGAAGGAGCCAAAGUCGUAGCCACAGAUAUCAAUGUGUCCAAACUCCAGGAGCUGGAAAGUUACCCAGGUAUUAAAACUCGAGUCCUUGAUGUCACAAAGAAGAGACAAAUUGAUCAGUUCGCCUCAGAAAUCGAGAAAAUUGAUGUUCUCUUUAACGUGGCUGGUUUUGUCCACCACGGAACUAUCCUGGAUUGCGAGGAAAAAGACUGGGACUUCUCAAUGAAUCUCAAUGUCCGCAGCAUGUACCUGAUGAUCAAGGCCUUCCUUCCCAAAAUGCUUGCUCAGAAAUCUGGCAACAUUAUCAACAUGUCUUCUGUGGCUUCCAGCAUCAAAGGGGUGGAGAACAGAUGUGUGUACAGUGCGACCAAGGCAGCUGUGAUCGGCCUCACCAAGUCCGUGGCUGCAGACUUCAUCCAGCAGGGUAUCCGGUGCAACUGUGUGUGCCCAGGAACGGUUGACACCCCAUCUCUGCAAGAAAGAAUACAAGCCAGAGACGACCCCAAAGAGGCACUGAAAGUUUUCCUAAACAGACAAAAGACGGGAAGGUUUGCGUCCGCGGAAGAGGUCGCCCUGCUCUGCGUAUACUUGGCCUCGGACGAGUCAGCCUACGUAACUGGCAACCCUGUCAUCAUCGAUGGAGGCUGGAGUCUGUGAUUGCAUGGACCCCUGCUGGGAAGACAGGCCCUUCCUGGCCACAGAGAAAAGCAAGCUGAUUAUGUCUCCUGAGGGAUGGCCAUGAAAACAAACCCUUUUAAUGAUUGUUCUCUCAGGUGUGAUUUUUUAAAAUAAUCUCUCAUCUCCUCUGAAACUGUGGUAAAUAAAUCAAAUAAAAUGUA